AUGGAGGAGCAGCGGGAUCUGAACAGUACGGAUAGCAGCGAUGGAGAAUGCGUCUCCCCUUCUCAAAGCCUGCCCUCGCCGCCCAUAAUGCCUCUGCAGGUCGCCCAGCAGGCCCACAGAACAACCAACUUUUUCAUCGACACCAUUCUACGACCGGACUUCGGCAGUAGGAAGGAGCACGGCUUUGUCUCACGGGAGAGGGCGCACACCUCCAGCCGGGACCGCAGCAGACCAAGCAUACCAUGUCAGGACUCUAACUGCAGUACUGACAGCACUUCGUCUUCCACCUCCUCGACUUCUUUGGUGAGUCCCCAAAAGAACAUUGGCAGUGACGAAGGAGACGCGGCCGCCUCCACUGGGAACAGCAGUGUGAAAGCCGAGGAGAGGAAUGGCGGAGGGGACAUAGAGAACACCUCCUCCUCGCUUGUGGUGCUGAAUGGAACCGGGGCGCCCGCACCUGAGACUCAGCCGCUGCUCUGGCCUGCCUGGGUCUACUGCACCCGGUACUCGGAUAGGCCCUCAUCUGGCCCAAGGACACGGAAACUGAAAAAGUCGAAAAUCGGCAAAGAGGACAAGCGGCCGCGCACGGCCUUCACGGCCGAGCAGCUCCAGAGACUGAAGACGGAGUUCCAGGUGAACCGCUACAUUACGGAGCAACGUCGGCAAUCUUUGGCCCAGGAGCUCAACCUCAACGAGUCCCAAAUCAAAAUAUGGUUUCAGAACAAGCGGGCCAAGAUUAAAAAGGCCAGCGGCUUCAAGAACGGGCUUGCGCUGCAGCUGAUGGCGCAGGGACUAUACAACCAUUCCACCACCACCGUACAGGAGGACAAGGAGGACACCGACUGA